GAGAGUUUCCAUGGGGGUUGGGGUGGAGACCCGCUCCCAUCCCAUCAGACCCAUCGCUGUGCCGCCUUCAAAAGACAACCUGCAGCGGGCAUGCCACACGCCCAAGCAGCCCAGCAGAAAAAAAAAAAGCCACCCAAGGGUGCCACCCCCCGGCGCUGCGCUGAGGUGUGCUGUACUGUACCUAGGGCGCCCAAAAAAAAGAAGGAAUUAAAAAUAAAUAAUAACAGCCAUCAAACAGCCAGGUCACAGCGCCUGCACCCACCACAGAAAAGGUACUUGCUGCGCUAAAUCCUGCCCCAUCCACCUUUCUGCGCACCCCUCUCCCUCCCACACCUACUGCCCGCCUAUACUGUACCUGCUGCGUGCACCUCACGGUCUUGAUAUAUUCAUCCCAGGCUGCCCACCUCUUUUUCCUUUCUUCUUAACAUCCCAUCCGUCCCCUUCCGCCAUUGCUUGUCUUCUUUACAAGUGCCUUUUCUUUUCAAUACCCUUUGUCCUUUUCAGUUCUUCGCGAACAACACUUUAGACUUGUGCAACAUUGCAUCGCCAGCUGUUCGCUUUCUCGGCUCAUCGUCCUGCUCGCCUUGCUACGCUUCCGCAUAAACUGCACCUUGCAACAUCGCCAUUGCUGCAUCUUUGCUUCCAACACUCCUAUUUUGAAGCCAUCAACCUAAAUCCGGCUCCUUCGCCGUACUUCCAGGGCCAUCUCGCCCAAUCCUCACCACCAGACACCACCAUCGACCAUCUCGCUCGACCAUACCGGCCGACGGCACCUCCCACCACUAGACACUAUACUAGACAACAUUACACCGUCACCAUGUCUUUUGAUCUCUGGACCCAAGAAUUCUGCCUCGCUUGUGACAAGCAGGUACAUAUCGAUGGAGCUGCGUACUGCUCUGAGGCUUGCCGCCUAACCGACUUCGAGAAGACGUCGCCGGCUUGCUCUCACGCUGCAUCGCCCCAAGUGUCCUCAUCGUGGGCUCCUACCACUACUCCCAUCCGACAAGUUACUCGACCCAAGUUCUACCUCUCACCUGCGUACGACUUUUCCAACGCUCAGCCGUACGGAACCACUCCUGUCGCCCCUCGACACUUUGACCACUUCUACGCCUCCAAGAGCCUCCGCCCUAGCCAGCCAGCACCUCUCCGCCAGUUGACACCAUCCAGCUCCCAUAGCAGCCUGUGCUCUAUGCAGAGCAACUCUUCCUCGGAAUCUGUUGUCUCUGACAAGGCCAAGAAGGAACUCCAAGCCUAUGCCGUCUCGUUUGAGCAAGUCCGAACUCAGAGACGCCGCUCUUAUUAGGCAUCAACCACCCCCACCACCACCCACUACUACCGACAACACCCUACUCCCUUUACGACCUAUUUACCUCUACUCAUCAUGACGACAUUUAUACCAUUCUAUUAUACACCCUGUCCAUUGCGGGCAUCUUUUGCUGUACCAAAAUGACCAUUAUCCCGGAGUAUGGCGAGUACAAAAAUUUUGUGUUAAUACGCCUUUUCUUCUUUCCCUUUGUUACACGGCGUUCAGACUUUGGCGGCAUCAUCACUGGCGAAGCAUCUCGCAGUGCUUCAUAUUAUUACUAUUAUCAGCGAGCAAGCAGUUAUUUUACAUGCUUUUUUGAGAUGGGAUGGAAUGAAAUAAGAGGACGAAGAUUAUUAUUAUGAGAGCAUGGAAGGAGGUUGACUUGGAAAGCAACCAAAGUUUGUACCCCAUAGGCCAAAGACUUGACCUGGAAGAUUUAUUAGCUAGACGAUGGGCAGCAACCUCGACUGGUCUCUCUGUCCAUCACUUUUUACUUUUUUUUUAUUUUGAAUCGAAUAUCAACAGUCUAUGACUGUUGUCUUUUGACGAUCCAAUCUUUUGUUCUCUUGCAAGUGAUGUCUUUUGAUAAACUGGUCUUGAACGGCGUGCUGUCAUUGGUCUUGAGGCAAUGAGACACUGGCAUCAAUUCCAGUCGGGAAACCAUGGGUUUCUCGUCUCGGAGACGCUUAUCUCCAGCCUCGCAAUUUCUACUUGGGGCCAGACGAACCGAAAUAAAAUAAAAACACAAAUAAUAGAAAAAGGAAUAGCGCUCGCCCUUGGUGUUGCACAACCACGGCCGCUGUUCGAGAGCCAUGUCUAAUUCAGACAGCAUGGGUCGAGCCGUAGCUAGGCCUUCCCUUGCCUAGGCGGGCUUCCCUUGGCCGCAGGGGCCUAGCCAGCCAAGCAAGCCAGCACCAGCAUCAGCACCAACACAGCCAUCAACCAGCGGCAUGAAAGAUGUACCGGCUGGGGGCCAGAACCAAGGGAGUCGUCAGUUUGUCACACUAGGUAACGAAAAAAAAAAGAUUAUUCCUUGAUUUGCUUAAGCCGGCACGGGAAGUACAUGUCUACGGAGGCACACCUGCUUAUCCCAUUAACACGCACACGAAGCGAGGAAAACUCUUUUUUUUUUUGCGUGCCAGGUCAGCCUGAUUGGACGCUGUGAGCCACGUUGUAAACCACAACUUGCGAGCCGUUGACGAGAAUUUGUCCAGUUACAUUUGCCAAGGCGACGCAGCCAAUGAGAGAAACGGUAGGGUCGGCAUAAGCCACCUGAGCCGAGGCGUGCCGGGAAAAAACACAUUAAGGCUUGCAUUAAGCCGGCUUAGACUACUGUAGGUACGGAACGGGUACAGUACAUUUGGGCAUUGACAAGCGCCAGGAGGCGAAAAAAAAAAUCUGUUAGCGUAAUUUGGCAGCCGUCCAGUCGAUGACGGGUAUGUUGUCAAAGGGGGAGGGAAGCUCGGAUCAAGAUUUUCAUUCGCAGCCGCCUGGGGCUCGGUGAUCAGGCUAAGCUGCUUGUGGGCUAGGCGCUGUAACAGGAGAGUGGUAGUCGGCCAGGGCGUUUUGGUAGCAUAAUGUUACGGCCGAAACACGCCUGCAUUAGAAUGAUGCGAUUUGCCUUGGUUUACUUUUGCCCCUUUUGGUGUUUUUCUUUUGUGCGAUUAUUACUGAGCAGCUGUGGUACGGGUAGGCUUACACGAGGCUCGCUUCGCACCAUCCAAUGUAGUGUAGUUACUUUUUGGUGGGUUUUACAAUUUUUUACUUUCGUGGGGUGGCCGCCCUUGUGAAGCUAAAACAGUGGACGGCAGCUCCGGAUGUGGCUUUUUUGAUGAUGAAGCAUUAGCGCCAGCCGUGG